GGCAGCACACGCGAGAAGAGGGUCUGGUGUACGAGACAAAUAUUUUUGUCAUGUCGAAGAGAAAGGGCAACAGAGUCGGCCAUUCAUCGUCAAAGAAGAAGAAGACAGGCGCAGAUUGGGAAGCCCUGGAAAACAGUGACGACAACGAGACGGGACUGGAAGGUGAUCUUCCACCUUCAGCAAGUGCUCAAGCUAUAGGAGAUGCUAAUCAUGACGAUUACGGAGCUAAGGACUACAGCAAGGCAAUGACACUGAAGGGUGAUCACAAGUCGAGACCACUGUAUGUGGUUCCUGAUGGUCACAUAUUUUUGGAAACGUUUUCUCCUGUAUACAAGCAUGCACAGGACUUUCUCAUUGCGAUUGCUGAGCCGGUCACUCGUCCUCUGCACAUCCACGAGUUUCGACUGACUCCUUACUCGUUGUAUGCUGCUGUUUCUGUGGGUUUGCAAACUGACGACAUUAUUGAGUAUCUAAAACGACUAAGCAAGACGACAAUACCGGAUGGGAUUGUUGAGUUUAUUAAGCUUUGCACAUUAAGCUAUGGAAAAGUGAAGUUAGUUCUGAAACACAACAGAUAUUUUGUGGAAAGUUCAUUUCCUGAAGUUCUGCAAAGACUCCUUAAGGACGAUGUCAUACAGCAGACUAGACUUCGUUCAGAAGAUGAAACUAUUGAUCCUAAUGCACUUUUAGUUUCUCAAUUGACUGAUAAACCUCAUCUGCAGUUUAGCAAACCUGGCUCAGACCAACAGCCAGUAUUGGGGGAUGACCAGAAAGACAAACUUCCAUCUUCUGUGAUUCCAUCAGACAUCAAUGAUUAUCUAGAACAGCUGGACAAGGACGACGACGAUCAAGAGGAAAGUUUACAGGUUGUGUCAUUUGAAGUGAAACAGGAACACAUAGAGACGCUUCAAAAACGAUGCAUUCUGCUGGAGUACCCUUUGCUUGCUGAAUACGACUUCAAGAAUGACACAGUCAACCCGGAUAUCACGAUUGACUUAAGGCCUGCUACCAUUUUGCGUCCAUACCAGGAAAAAAGCCUUCGGAAAAUGUUUGGCAAUGGACGUGCAAGGUCUGGAGUUAUAGUACUUCCAUGUGGAGCGGGAAAAACUCUUGUCGGGGUCACUGCUGCUUGCACAAUCAGGAAGCGAUGUCUUAUUUUGUGUACAUCAGGUGUUGCUGUUGAACAAUGGAGGAAUCAAUUUAAGAUGUGGUCAACAGUCGAAGAUCAAGCGAUCUGUCGGUUUACAUCCGAUGCAAAAGACAAGCCUGACGGCUGCAAUGUUGCAAUCAGUACGUACUCUAUGGUGGCACACUCGCAGAAACGAUCGUGGGAGUCACAAAAGAUGAUGGAGUAUUUGCAGAGUAGGGAAUGGGGGCUGUUGAUAUUGGAUGAAGUUCAGACCAUCCCGGCCAAUAAAUUUCGACGAGUUCUAACAGCUGUUCAAGCUCAUUGUAAGCUGGGACUGACGGCGACAUUGGUUAGGGAAGACGGACGAAUUCAAGAUUUGAAUUUUUUGAUUGGUCCUAAAUUGUAUGAAGCGAAUUGGAUGGAGCUACAGACUGCUGGUUAUAUCGCAAAAGUUCAGUGUGCUGAGGUUUGGUGUCCCAUGGCUGCAGAGUUCUAUCGUGAGUAUCUAACUAUCAAGUCUCGCAAGAGAAAGCUUCUGUGUGUGAUGAAUCCCAAUAAGUUUAAGGCAUGUCAGUUUCUGGUCAGAUAUCAUGAAAGGAGAAACGACAAGGUCAUUGUGUUCUCAGAUAACGUUUUUGCAUUGAGACAUUAUGCCAGGAAAAUGGAAAGGCCUUUUAUUGAUGGCCCGACACUUCAAAGUGAACGAUUACGAAUUCUCCAGAACUUCAUUCACAACCCAAAGUUAAACUGCAUUUUUAUCUCUAAGGUAGGAGACAACUCAUUUGAUCUUCCAGAAGCAAAUGUGCUCAUUCAAAUUUCUUCUCAUGGUGGAUCUCGACGACAGGAAGCGCAAAGGCUUGGUCGGAUUUUAAGAGCAAAACGGGAUGCUGUUGCCGAGGAGUUUAAUGCUUACUUUUACUCACUUGUAUCUCAAGAUACACAAGAGAUGCAUUACUCAACGAAACGGCAACGUUUCCUUGUCAACCAGGGAUAUUGUUAUAAGGUUGUGACCAGGUUGAUUGGUAUGGAUGAGGAGAGAGAUCUGGGAUACUCUAUGAAACGUGAACAAGCUGAGCUGUUACAGAAGGUUUUGGCUGCAUCAGAUGUUGAUGCUGAAGAGGAACAUGCGACAGGAGUGUUUGGUUCAAAGUCACAGACGAGUGUAUCUAGACGAGUUGGCUCAAUGGCUUCACUGUCAGGAGCAGACGAUAUGAUGUACAUGGAAUAUCGUCAACCAAAGGACAAGAAAGCAAGUCACCCACUAUUUAAGCUAAGAAAGGGAAAGUAAGACAAACAAUUAGUCUUACUACAUACAUAUGUUUCGCCAUUGGGUUAUCACUCAAAUGGCAAUUCAGACUCUAGUCAUUGGUGAUUGAUUCUGUAGGUAGGAUGGAUAUACAUUAAUAGUGACACAAGAGAUUGACAUCCUGUUAUAAUUAGUCGAAGGUAUUUUUACUGUUUAGUAACUUAAUUGUAAUAUAUUGC